AUGCAGAGACCAAUUAGCUCAUUUUUCACCCCUACAAAUAGAUCAAAGCCUCAAGAAAAAAGCCAAACCAGUGAACAAGAUCUAAGCCUAAAGAGAAAGCACCCAUCCUAUUCUUCUGAAAACUCAGAAAAUAUCGAAGGCAGUCUUGCAAAGCUUGAAUUUAAGUCGAAUUCCAAGCCAAAACCAACUCCGAUGUCCCCGCCUUCUCCAUCCAGCAAUGAUGAUGAGUAUGAAAUGCCUGAAUUUUGCAGGCCUGAGAAAAUCCAAGACAAAUCACGCAGGAGACCUGAAGAUCCUGAAUAUGAUCCCUCCAGUCUCUUUAUCCCGCCAAAUCAAAAAUUUACACCAGCAAUGGAGCAGUACUGGGAAAUAAAAUCCCAGCAUUAUGAUAAAAUUGUCCUAUUCAAAUUAGGUAUUCUUUACACGUGCAAAUAUUAUUAAAUUACCCUUAUAUUUACCCUUAUUGCUAUAGAUUUAGCUAUUAAGCCUCAAAUAAUAAUAAUAGAAAUCACCUUUAAAGACUAUAAAUUUUAUGAGCUUUUCUACCAAGACGCAAUCAUUGCUCAGCAAAUCCUUGAAUUGAAAUGAAUGGGGAAUGACCGCAAAAAGGCGCAUGUAGGGUUCCCAGAAAAAGUCCUAGAAAAAAAUGCAAAAAUACUUGUGGAACGAGGACACAAAGUAGUUGUGGUUGAGCAGACCGAAACAACGUUAAAAAAUAGAAAGCCAAAAACUGGAAAAGCAGUAGGAAGAGAAGUGACUGACAUUUUAACGAAAGCUACUUAUACAGCAAAAUUUAACUGUGAAAAUUAUGAGCCAACUUAUUUAUUAUCUUUAAUUGAAGUUGAUAACAGGUUUGGAGUUUGCUUUGUGGACUGCUCAACUUCUGUAUUCGUAGUAGGAGAUGUCGAUUUUCAAACCUUCAAAACAAUUCUAGCUCAAUCUCGGCCUUCGGAAGUUAUUUAUCAUCCUCAAUUCAUUUUGCCAUCUACAAUUAGACUGCUUAAAAGCUCUCAUAUGCCUCCUCAGCUAACUUUUCCUUCUUGAGCAGACACAUAUUUGAAGAGGAGGGUUAAUUUGAGGCUCCAUGGUGCAUUUUUGACAGUAUAUAUUUCAUCGAAGAAUAUAUUAGCCGAAAAUUUUAAAUAGUGUGAUAUUUGACCGAUUUUAACGAGUUUUUUCUCAAUAUCAAAAAUUAUCAACCAAAUGUAUAUUAGCUAUUAAAAGCAUACGACCAUUGAACCUGUACCCAGUUUGUUUUUAAAAUUAAUAUAUAUAAAAAAUGCUAAAAAUUAAUUUAAUUUAUAAAAUUUAUUUUCAAGUUUGAUAGAAUUACCUAGAGAUUUCAAAAAAUGAUUAUCUUAUAACAUCAAAAUAUUUUUUUUAAAAAAACCCUUUUUUAUUGGGAAGUGGCUUUUCUAAAACUUUUGCUCUUGCUUGCACGCGAAUUCGAAGUAAGCAAGUUGAGGUCCAAUGAGAGGUGAAAUCACUACAAUUUAAAUAAUUUUUUCCCAGCAGGUCUUCCAGAAGUAUUCAGAGAUCUGCCAGAAAAUACAGCACUCAAAGCUCUUGUAGGAUGCUGCUCUUAUUUAAAUGAAGUUUUCCUGAGUGAAAAGAUCCUUCCAAAUGCAAAUUAUUUUAAAUAUGAAGACUCUGUGCUGCUAACUCCCCCAUAAAAAAAAAAAAUUCUUCGCUUACAAGGGGGGUUAAUAUUUAUAUAUAAAUUUUUUUUCUUCAAAAUUAAAAACCUCAAUUCGCAAAAAUUGGAAAGCAAAUAUUGUAAAAUUUAUGUUUUAAAAUGCAAGUUGUUUAAAAUAAAGAGAAUUAGCAGAGAUUUAAUUAUAGAAAUUAUCAAUUAUGCAUCAAAAUUUUUUUAUAGAAAAUUUUUUUUUUAUUCGGAGAGUGGGUUUUUAUCCAAAAAUAAGAGUAAGAGCUUCUUUAGUUUUGGACAGCCAAGCUUUACAACACUUGCAAAUAAUAGAAGCAAAUAAUGGAGUUAAAAUUUCGAAAGAAGGGAGUCUUUAUGAGUUUAUGGAUAAAUGCUCGACUUCUUGGGGUAAAAGAAAGCUGAAAUCAUGGCUAAUUAGUCCGCUGUUGGAUGUUAAUGCCAUUAACGAAAGGUUAGAUGCUGUUGAAGAGCUUUCUAAAGCUCCUCAAUUUAUUGAAAAAUUCGAUAAAGCAGUUAAAAAAUACCCAGACAUGGAAAGGCUUUUGAGUAAGAUUUCAACAUACAGCAUCAAAACAAAUUCAAAAGCAGUCUAUUUUGAAGAUGUUUCCGCUCAGAAAAUCAAAGAAUUCAACGGCCUGCUUACCCAUUUAAGUGAUAUCCACGAUUUAAUGAUCCAACUGGACAUGCUAGAUUUAGAAUCCUCAAGAAUCCAAAAAUUAACGAAAUUCCACCCAGAAGGAUUAUUCCCAGAAAUUAAAAGUUUAUGCAAAGAAUACGAAAAUGCAUUUUUCUGGCUUACUCCAGACCAGCCAGAGCCAGCACCAGGCAAAGAUGAGACAUUUGAAAGGCUGAAAUUAGAGGUCGAGCUAGUUAAAGAUCAAUUAUCAGAAAUUUUGAGUCAAGAAAAAGCUAGAUUUAAUAACCAUUCUGAAGUAACCUUUGUUGACAGCAAAUUCAGGUAUGAGCUGGAAAUUCCUUUGCAUUUGGUUAAAGAUGAAAAGCCAGAUGAGUAUGAAGAAACCAGUGCAAGACAAGGAUAUCAGAGAUAUUAUACAAAAACGAUAAAAAGAUUAGUUGAUCAGUUAGAAAUUUUAGAAGAACAAAUGAGAUGGGCUUUAGGGCCUUAUUUAGCAUCAGUACUUAAACAUUUUUAUGAUGAAAAAGAUAGGUGGGCUCGAGCAAUCAGUAUAGUUGCAGAAAUAGAUUGCUUGUGCUCGUUUGCUAAGUUAGCUAGCAAAUCGCUUGUGCAGCUGUCAAGGCCAGAGUUUGUGAUAGGAGAUCAAUCUUAUUUAGAAAUAAAAGGCCUUGUCCAUCCCAUUUUAGCAACAAAAAAUCCAUUAUUUGUCCCAAAUGAUGUUUUAUUUACUUCAGAAAACCCAUGCUAUGUUUUAACUGGACCUAAUAUGGGGGGAAAAUCCACAGUUCUAAGACAAGCAGGAAUUGCAGUUAUAAUGGCUCAAAUUGGUAGUUUUGUCCCCUGCGAGUAUAUGAAAUUUUACCCUGUCGAUUACAUUUUUACUCGUUUAGGUGCUGCUGAUUCACUUAUUGAAGGAAAAAGCACAUAUUUUAUGGAGAUCGAAGAAGCAUCAAAAGUCCUUUAUCAUGGGACACCUAGUUCUUUAGUAAUUAUGGAUGAGCUGGGAAGAGGAACUUCUACUAGUGAUGGAGCUUCUAUAGCUUUAGGAUUCCUAAAAUACGUUACCAGCAUGAUAAAGCCAAGAACCCUUUUUACCACUCAUUACCAUAUGAUAAUUUCUGACAUAGCUGAGCUUCCUGGCGUAGUCUUAGUCUUCAUGGAUUCUUUUAUCAAUGAAGUUACUCAAAAUGUGACAUUUUUAUAUAAACUGAAACAAGUUAAACUAUUAAGCAGGAACAGGAAACCCUUCAGGGAAGAAAUAAAACUUCUCUUCAGCGCUUAUUCUUAAACUCAAAGCUUGCCGAAAAAACGGCACAGGUAUCAGAAUUCAGCUCAGUAGAUAAAUCCCUACUUCAUAGGAGUGCCCCAUGCACCUGUCUUCUGUCAACAUCACCAUUUUAUUUUCAAACCAAAACAAGGAAUUUGCCCAAAAAGCUAUGGACUGAAUGUUGCAAGAAGUGCUGGAAUUUUCGGUCAGAAAAUGGUUGUCGCACAGCUAAAAGCCAACGAAAUUGAAAAGAAUUUCAAACAGAUCAAGAUUAUUGGAGAAAUCAAGAAAUUGAAGAGGCAAGGGCUAAGUCCUGACGAUAUACUUGAAAAACUAAAGCAAUUAAAUUUAUAA